GUUUGCUGUUGCUUCUUCUUGUUGUUGCUGGUCGAGAUUCCUUUCCGGUCUUUCCCUUCCCGCCGUGCUCCGCUGUGACUGGGGUGAACAUGCUGCUUUCUGACCUGAUCUGCUUUCGUUUGGCGACCUGUUCGGGCUCUGGGUUCGGCAUCGGCGUCACAGAAGAGGCAUUGAUAAUUUGGGGUGAUUGCGGAGGAGGCGGGGACCGGGUUGUCGUCGCUACAGGUCUAGGGGACGGAGGGGAUGGGUUCGUUGCUGGACCUCUGUCACAACUCACAGUCCUCGGCGACACCAGGUGUUGCCGCAUUGGGGUCCUUGCCGGAGCCGGCACCGCCGUGGCUGAUUUUGGGAAUUCUGAUAGUGAAGAGGUUGUGGCGUCGGUCCGAGACGGCGUGGAUGGGUUGUCACCGGUGCUGCUGUCACAAGCCUCGGCGACGCCAGACUUUGCAGCAUCGGAGUCGUCGCCUGCAUCACGGCUGCUGGUUUCGGGGCCUCAUUCGGUGAAGGCGUCGCGCGUUGGUCGCUUGUGUAGGCUGUGGUGUCGCCUCUAGCUGGGUUGGUACCGGCGACGGAGGUGAUAACUCUGUUGUUUGGGCUGGCAACAGAGGUGUUCGACCAAAUAACACUGAGGUUUGGCGAACCAGUGGCACGGAGGGAGGUUGCGCCGGCGGAGAUAGCAGGUCCAUACGACCCCUGCGAAGCCAGCCGGAGCAGCCACGGGCGUCCGGCCGGUUGCUUCGCCAUCGCCAAGCACUUCUCUUAAGAUUAUGGGAUGGCGAAGACGUGAGAGGCUCCGAUGCCCUAUUCGUAGCCAAGGCGGUGGGGGAGGAGACGCUCGAGCUGCAUUGCUGAAGAAGACCUGCAAUGAUUUGAGAGGCGCCUUCUAUCUGAAAGCGAUGUGCUCUUCUUCAGCUCAUUGCCCAACCCACCGUUCCUUUCUCCGUCGCCAAAAGGAUCCCGUUUGAAUUCUUCCACUGCUGCGGCGCCUCCUUUAACCAGAGUGUGCACGUGAACAAUGAUCAAACAAGUUGUUGACAUUACAAUGGACAAAGAUCAGCAAAAAUGGCAACAUUUCUUACUGCUUGUCAACGAGAAUGCUUUUACCAACAAGACAAGGGAGUCAUUUGAGGAACAAUGAAUAGCAACACGUACAAAGAAGGGGAAAAAGGGUGGAGUUUUUAAACUUGUAGAGUGCUUCUGGAGGAAGACCAGACCAAACCACGAGGUAAAACGCCACAUCCACCGGCGGGCGAACAACCCAAAUGAAGUGUUGGUUGUAGAAUACAAGGUUUUGGUACCCAUUCAAUAGUAGUAGUAAGAGGAGCUGCCGAGCUGGAAGCUGUCGGAGGCGACGUCGUCAACCGCCGGCAUUGGCCCGAACAGGGGGCUGUGCACGUAGCCUUCAUCGAAGAGGAUCCCGUGCGCGGUCGGGGAGUCGUAUCCGUUGAACUCCCCGGCGUCGCACCACGCUGCUGAUCCCGCUGCCCCUAGCUCUGUCGGGAGAUCCUCAGCAGCCGGGAUAACACUGGUCUCCCAUGCUGAUGGCCCCGCUGGAACCACCGGCUGAGACGGGGGAUGCAUUGCGUUUGUGUAUUGGAAACCGCCCUCCGGCUGCUGUUGGUAAUAGUAAUGAGCUGCGCCGUCGUUGUUGGACGAGCUACUUGCGAAAGAAUUGUAGCCGUCGUGAGUUCCGAGAGAGGCAAAGGUAGUCGUGCGAUGGACGGGCUCCUGCGGUGCGGGGGCCGGUGGAGGGGGGUAAAGGAAGGUGGAGGGCGGGGGUUGGAGGUCCGGUGAGAGGAAGGGAGUGACUGAGGAGCCCGGCGGGAGGUCGGGGUAGGCGAAGUUGGUGCGGGCACCGGCGCCGCGCAGGGUGCGAGCGGCGCAGUCAUACGCCACGGCCGCUUCCUCUGCCGUGUCGAAGGUACCCAACCAGUGCCGCUCCUUGGUCGCCGGGGCGCGUAUUUCGGCUGCAUACCGUCCCCAUGGCCGGCGCCUCACACCCAGAUACCUGCUGCUGCCACCAGUGUCCCUAUUGCCAUUGGCCUCAUUGUUGCUGCUGUUGUCGUGCGGUUUCUUUUGUUGCCUGCGUUUGCUUUGCUUGUCCUGAGUGAGAUCAGAGCUUGUAGCAGAGGAGGAGAAGACGAAGGAAAAACCCAUUGGAGAGUGAGAGCUAGAGAAUAAUGAUGUCGAGAUUUGCGUUCGUUUGGUGGUGGAAGAGUUUGUAUGGUGUUGACUUAUAUACUAGCAGCGGUAGUGGUGACUGGUAGAAGAAAUAUAUGGAUAUACAUAUUAUAUAAAAAGGUUGUGCCAUGCUUUAGAUGAUCAA